AUGGAAACCUUGGCCGCUGAGGCUCCUGCGUUAGGGUCAGAUUCCACAUCGUUUCAAAGCAAAGUAAGUUUGUUGGAGUUAUUAAUUUCCGUGGUGGGGUGAAAAAACUAAGGUAAAUACCACAUCGUACGUAAACGAAGUUUUAGUGGAUCAAUUUAGCGGAUCUUGAGGCUUAGAUACACGUUUGUAACAACUUGGGGUAAAAGUUGGCGGAGGGCCAUUGUGGUCUGUUUUUGGCCCCUUUCUGUGAUGCGUUUUUCAUGUAUGUCAUUAACAAGAUAUAACAUAAUUUCCCCUACAAUUUGGUGUAAAGAAGCACUUGUAAAUUUUUCAAAGAGAAUAAAAUGGUACUUUCCCUACCGGCUCGUGCAAUUUUGUGGUCUUUGAAAAAAUUUACUCGUGCUUAUUAACACCAAAUUUGCACUCGAAAUCAUGUUGUUACCUAUACUAACAUAGAAACCAGAAUGUUAUUUCUUCAGUAUAACAAGGUUUUAUGCUUCACAUUUUUUUAUUGGAUAGCUUUGGAAGAGGCAGUAUAAUAACCCAAAAAGCGGUCUGCAUGCAACCCAGGAUGUGGUCAGCGAGUUGAUGAUUCUCGUCAAAGAAAAAGCAAAGACACACGAUUUGAAUUCACUUGUUCAGGUAAAUUCACUCCAUAUGUUAUUAAUAGGUAUUUAGGCGAGGUUGAAGUAAAAUUUGAUCUGCUCCUUUUCUUUACAUUUCUCUAUUUAUAUGCUAAGAAUGAUCAAAAAUUUAUUUUAGUACAUACUUGAAUGUCAAAAAAUUGUAAUUUUCUCACCUUUUUUUUUUAUUUGCCCAAGCCAAAUGAAUUCACAGCACAUUCAUCAAAACAAGUUGAGAACAGACCAAUGACUGUUUAAUGUCUCAUUAAAUACCAUGGAAAGUGGGAAAUAAAAUUGAAAACCCUCGGUUGAUCUGGUUUAAGUCUUGCUUGUUUUUCUUGUCGUCAGCUUGCUGCAGAAUGGCAAGCCCGAAAAAUCCUUCUUCACUCUCUUUAAAAAAUUUCUCUCAAAACUAUCAUCACGUUUGUUCGUUGUUUCCAUUUUCAGGAUGUGAAAGUUUCUAUUUCUGAAAAAUGGUCUCGUCAUCAGUUGCAAGGAGGAUCUUUCCUUCUUGAAUACGACUCGGAUCUCUUGUAUGUACUGAAUGGCUAUAUUACAUGUUGUACGCAGUUUGCACGGUGUGCUGUAACUCAGGUUCCUCCCCUGAAGAUUGACUACAAGACCACUGAUUAUAACUCAAAGGUCCAUAAAGUGAGUCAAAAUUUCAGUCCCUCCGAAAAAAGGGGCUCGUCUCGUCGAGCAAUGUACUCAGAGACACCCAAUACCAGGUACUAUUUGUGGCCUACUUUGUUAGACUGUGAUGGAAAAGUUAUUAGGAAAGGGGAAGUAAUGUUGUCAUAA